CCACGGGCACCACCGGCUGGGCCUUCUGGGUCUCCGGCGCGGGUAGGUCGCGCUGGUUCCGUGGAACAGCGGCUGGUGAAGGCCCCGUGGCGACCUCCAUGCCCAAGACCUCCGGGCCUAAAGAGGUAAGGGUGGAUCUGCAGAGACUGAGUAUGAGGAUUUCUGGCAUGUGACUCAGUCCUCAUUGCUCCUGGCUCCCCGUUCUGCCCUCUUUGGAAUCUGCUGGCCCUGAGAGAUCUGUGAAAAGAGGAGAAAAUGGCCCCAGGGUUCCUGGCAGCAAGACCCUCAAAAUUUUUUUUGCAUUUGCUCCUAAACCCACACGGUACUGUGCAUAUGGUUUCUAAAAUGAAAAUAUUAAUCUGCAGUUUGCAUUUUUUUCUCCAAACAUUGUAACAUGGACCUCUUUCUAAGGAACAAAACAGCUACCUGAGCAUGAAGGCUGCAGGAGGUCCCCCACAUACAGGAGUUCCAUCUUUGGUGGAGACAACACCUCCUGAAACUCCCUCUGGAUGUUCCAGGUGGAGUUUGGAGAGGCUGAAGAGAGAUUCCCUCAGCAGAGCCACUGGGGCUGAGGGGAUUCCCCUCCUAACAGGGAGGGCAAGAUAUGGGACCAUGUAGAAGCUGGAGUGACCUCAAAGAGUAAGGAGAAAGCAUUGCCUUCUGCGGUUUCUGCCCUUCUUCAGGAAGAGGAGGAAAUGCCCAAAUUACAGGAGCUGGUGACGUUCCAGGAUGUGGCUGUGGACUUUACCCAGGAGGAGUGGGAGCAUCUGGAUCCCUCUCAGAGGCACCUGUACAGAGAAGUGAUGUUGGAGAACUAUGGGAAUCUCAUCUCCUUGGCAGGACAUCUGCUGUCCAAACCAGAAAUGAUUGCCCAUUUUGAACAAGAAGAUGAUGUGUGGAUGGAGGAAAAAAUACCAAGAAGCUCCUAUUCAGGAGACAAGCCCUACCGAUGCAUGGAGUGUUCCGGAGCCUUCCACUCAGAAUCUGCUCUGAGAAGGCACAGGAAGGACCACAUGGGAAAGAAACCUCACACAUGUGAGGAAUGUGGGAAGGACUUCAGCCGUAGCUCCAACCUGUCCAUCCAUCGGCGAGUACACACAGGCGAGAAGCCCUACAGAUGUGGUGUGUGCGGGAAGGACUUCAGCCGCAGCUCCAACCUCUCUAUCCACCAGCGCAUCCACACAGGUGAGAAACCCUUCAGGUGCUGCGACUGUGGCAAGGACUUCAGCCGCAGGGCAGCCCUGCAGAUCCACCAGAGUGUCCACACAGGAAGGAAGCCUCAUGCCUGUAAGGUAUGUGACCGGGGCUUCACCUCACGCUCUACGCUGGCACGACACCAGCAGGACCACGCAGGAGACAAGGCCUAUGUGUGUGACACAUGUGGCCGGGGCUUCAGCCAGAGAGCCAACCUCUACCUGCACCAGCGUGUUCACACUGGGGAGAGGCCAUUCCGGUGCGAGGCCUGUGGGAAGUGCUUCAGCUGGAGCAAGGACCUGGGUAUCCACCAGAGGGUCCACACGGGAGAGCGGCCCUACAGGUGUGAGGCUUGUGGGAGGGACUUCAGGCAUCGUUCGGCCCUCAAGAGGCACCAGAGGGUGCACACAGGGGAGAAGCCCUACCCCUGUGCCGUGUGCGGGAAGGGCUUCAGUCAGAGAGUCCAUCUGCAGACGCACCAGAAAGUGCACUGUAGGGAGAGACUUCCAGGAUUGGGCUCUGCACAUGCAGGUGCCUUCCGCGGCCAGGGCGAAUGCCAGGGCAUGGGUGCUGAGGUGCACAACAUGGAUCAGGCUUAAUGAUGUUUGGCAUUUAUUAGUAUUUAUACAGAAAAGAGGACCGAUCAACAGCACUUAGAUAGAUGGAGAAAUAGAACAUUUACAGCCCUCCCAAAAGACCUCUGCAUGCUUCUUUCCACUCACUACCCCACAAAGGGAGUCACUAUCCUGACUUCUAAAACCAUAGAUUGAUUUUGCAAGUUAUAGAAUAUCAUACAAGUGGAAUUACACAAUAUGUAAUCUUUCAUAUAGAACUUUAUUCACUCAGUGUCUGCAUCCAUGUUGUUGCAUGUAUUCAGAGGUUCAUUCAUUUUAUUACAGAGUAGUAUUCCAUUGUUUGAAUGAACCACAGU